UAUUUUACAAUCUAUUAAUAAGAUUUAAUAAAGAGGUGUCAACCGUAGAAAAUUCAGGACAAUGACCCUUACUCGUGUAGAGCAAGAUAUUCAAUUCCUCUAAACGAACGUUAAGGAAAUAUGGAAUCAUUUUGGUUUCAAAUAUGUUCCAAGCAUUACGUUAUAAUCGUCAAUAUGUUACUCGUCGUCUCUUUUGUUUAAUCUGUCUAUCAAUCAUUUGUCACUCAUUCAUCACAAAAGUUUAUCAAUUUGGCUAAGGUUAAAUCGUACACAAAAUUUGAUUCCUUCUUUCAAAAUUGAUAGUCUACUACUCUGAAAUCGACGAACAUGUACGAAGACGGUCCGAAAUGUAACGUGAAACUAUGCUCGGACAACGCUGUUCCCUCAGCGUCUGUGGUUCGCAAUUGUCUCGGUUCAUCGUUGGCCAAAGUGUUUUUCGAAUAUACACAUCGUGACACGACGAGUUUGUUGAACGUAUUGACACCGCCGCAACGAUCAAGAACAUGUUUCUCGAUCCCAUCCGACGUUCACUUGGAUCAAAGCGAAACCGCACCGCCAACAGACCAUCAGAUCACAAAAGCGUUCGUGCAUCAGAAUAUAUUAGAGAUAGGCGAAGCCCUUCUGGAGGAGGUGAAGAAGCAGAUCGAGGAGAGUCUGCGUGAAAAGAUAGAGAGACAGUCGCGGGAGAAGUUUUAUUUGUAUCAGGCGAAGAAACGGCGGGAGGCCGAGGUGUACGCGGAAAAAUUACACGAGAAAUAUCAGGAUUACAUAGAGACCGUUCGCCACGUGUUACAGGAACAGCUAGAAGUAGAAUGGAGCAAAGCAGCGGCCGAGUGUGCCAAGAACACGCAGAAAGCGGUCGUGCAAGAACGGAUAAAUGUCGUGAACGAAAUGAUGCCGAAAAUGCGAGCAGAAAUGACCUAUGCUAUCCAGUCGUUGUACAAAGAGUUCAACGAGAUAUUCUGUGCCCAACGUGACAAGAUAAUCGCCGAUUUCAAUCAGAUCAUGAGGGACAAGCAUGUGAAACUACAGGAGGAAAUGCGAGAGUUUCGCGAGACAGUGAGUAGGGACUUGCACAUUCAGAGACGUCAGUACGAAAUGCAAAACGCGGCGGAUGUGAUCUACGUCCUCUGUAUGGAACGGCUGCGAAGUAGCAAAGAGAAGCAUGUCAUGCACAAGUAUUUUCAGCAACAAGUCGAAGAAUUUUACAAACUGAUCAUUCGCUUGAGAGACGUGGUCAACCUGAUGCGGGAAGAAAUUCUCGAUUGUCAUAUCGAGAAGAAACUGUUGGAAGAACAGCUCUCAAAAGUUAUUAAGCAUUUUCAGAAGUUCAUCAACUUUGUGUUUCGUGCCAUGCCGGGACAUGCGAACUAUUUGUUGCCGUUGGAAUUACAACGACUGAUUAGGCGAGAUAACGACGAAGAGGAUAAAACUAAUAACGAGGAGCCCAAUAAGGGGCAGCAACGGAAAUCAUGAUCGUCUAACGAUGUAACGUCAAAAUUUGUUAACGUCAAAAUUUGGAAACGUGCAAAGUGUCGUUGCUCAAUAAAAUAUAUAAAAAAAGAAAUAAAAAUCAUAUAAACGAUUUGAUGAACUUACAAAUCCUCCGUGCAGAGGAAAUCGGUACAUCGGGGCACAAAAGUCAUUUUUUAUUGAUGAAAAACAAUAAUAUCGAAUAAAAAUCGAAUAAACUAUCGAUCACGAAUAAAGAUACUAGAUACGAUCUUGCCAGUCGAAACACAUAAAUUAGAUACAGAUUAUAAAACACGUGUAUAAAAGUUAAAACUGGAUAGAAACGUU